AUGGAGACCACUGCUCGAUGUGCCGCCGUGCUGUUUCUCCUGCUUCUAUCUCAGGCCCUGAUCGCUGUUCACUCCCAGGAGGAGGAGGAGGCUACCCAAGAGGGAGACGUCGUCCAGGAUGAGGAACUGCAAGAGGAGGACCAGCAGGUGAUCGAGACAUGGACACGAAACAUCAAAGCCUGCACCUGUGACUGUGAAUCUGCUGAUUCACCGACACGUAUCCCACCUGUUCUGCCAACCUCUCUGUCGCCACCACCGCCUCAGGGUCACCCACUGAGCUGCAUGCCAGAAUGCUCUUAUCACAGAGCCCUGGGCUUUGAAUCUGGGUCUGUGACAUCAGACCAGAUCAGCUGCUCCAAUCAGGACCAGUAUGCUGGCUGGUACUCCUCCUGGAUGCCCAACAAAGCUCGCCUUAACAACCAAGGCUUUGGAUGCGCGUGGCUCUCCAAGUUUAACGACCAGCAUCAGUGGAUCCAGAUUGACCUGAAGGAGGUGGGAGUGGUGUCCGGCAUCCUCACCCAGGGUCGAUGUGAUGCUGAUGAGUGGAUUACUAAAUACAGCGUCCAGUAUCGCACUGUAGAAACCCUCAACUGGAUCUAUUACAAAGACCAGACAGGAAACAACAGGGUCUUCUAUGGGAACUCUGACCGCUCCUCAACAGUACAGAACUUGCUGCGCCCACCCAUUGUAGCUCGUUACAUUCGCCUGCUGCCCCUGGGCUGGCACACCCGAAUUGCUGUGAGGAUGGAGCUGCUGAUGUGCAUGAACAAGUGUACCUGAAGUGCACUCAGCCUGCUUUUUCAUUCCUUCUGUCUAUCCGUCCCCAGCCAACCUGUCGCUUGCCAAAAGGAGGACAUUGGUCCAACACUGAAAGAUCCAUCAUGUAACUUUGUUAUGACCUUCAUCUCUUUAAGACAUUUGGCUUUCUUUGGUGAUGCUCAAAGUAAACUAAAUGUGGGCAAGUGGACAUGUUUCGUGUCCUUUGAUACACAAAUUAAUUAUUUUAAUAUGUAAAUACAGAAUAGGACACUUUCUUCAAUGCAUACGGGGGAUUCGGUUUAAAAUGCAAUUUUAAGGCCUACUGCCUUAAAUAAAGUUACGGGUAUAAAACAAAGAUUUGAUUGUUUAUUCAUCAACUUUCUAUAA